GCAACACGCAUUUCUCUUGUUCGAGGACUGAACUGGUUCAAGCCCAAGGCACUCCUCACACAGAAGAAAUCGAUUAAAGUCCUAGGUCCAGGAGCUUCCAGUGCGCUGCUUCAUCCGGCUUUCAUCACGACCGGAAUUCAGAGUUGUCGAUCGACACCAUGACGACUUGGAACUGGCAGGACUCGCUUCGCCAAGCGGCCACCAUUCGCACACUGCCCGACGCGUGGAAGGAGCACCUGCAGCAGCAGCAGCAGCAGCAGCAGCAGCAGCAGCAGCAGCAGCUCGACGGCCCAGCCUUGUUAGACGAGCUCGUCAGUUCUUUCCCAAGUGGCAGCAGCCCGAAAAUCUGGCCUCGCCUUGCGCCGCUUGAUGGCGCCGUAUGUGCGUCGCUGCCCGCGCUCGAGUCUCUGGGCACGGAGCUGCUGUCGCUGCAAGCUCAAUCCCUCCGAUUCUCCCCGACCCCUUCGUUCCGCGUGUCGCCGCCGCACUGCCACGCCCCCGUGUUCUCGCGCGCGUUAGACGUGGAGGCGGCGAUCAUGCAGCUGGACGAGGCGGACGAGGCGGAGGAGGGGCGCAGCUGCGCGUGGGAAGGGGAAUGGCGCGAGGCGGCGGACGAGGCGAUGUCGCCGCGGAGCAGCACGGGCAGCUGCUGCGACCCCGACGACCUCGACUCGCUGCUGGAGGCGCCGCUCGCGUUUGGUCAGGUACCCUGGGAUGCCGAAGCCGCUUCCGCGAGCCACGCGUCGAUUCAUUCGCGCAGCCGCUCGUGCGACGUCGCUCUGCCGCGCACACACGCGCCGUCUGCCUCUGCCGACUUCAGCUUCCCGCCGACGCACUUGAAACCCGCGAGCUCCUGCUGCGCUACGAACCUUCUUCCCGCGACGAGCGCGGCAGAUUCAGUUAGCAGCGACGGGAUUCGAGAGUUGGCGUUGUCGCUGCUACAAGCGGACGCGGCGGGAACGGAUGCCGACAUGGCGGCGCAGGUGCAGCAGAUGGCGGCGGUGCUGGUGGAAUUGGUGGGGGGGACGGAGGGGGGAGUGGGUGGGCGCACGGAGAUAGAUGAGCAGCUGAGCGAGGCCAUUCGGCACGUGCUGCUGAUGCAGACUGUGUGCUAGCUCACUUGCCUCACAUGGGUACAUACAUAGGGGCAAGGUGACUCUUGGUUCACUUAGUUCUGACCCUUACUACUACUGACGGCGAAGGGGACCUUCACGCAGGGACGAAUUGCCCCAGUCAUCUGUACAAGCAGCCCUAAUUGGAGCAAUUGCUGUCUCGUUUGUCAUUAUACUGCAUGUCAUCAAAAGCUAGGCUGUACAUUCUUCAAUCUGGAAAUUAAGCAUCUUAAUUGGC